CUCUGUCUCUGUGUCUGUCUCAUUUGUCUCUCUGUGUCUCCGUCAGGAGCGGAUGAGGAAGCUGCUGAAGGUGUACGAGUUGUUGGGCGGAGAAGAAGACAUCGUCAACCCGACCAACGAGCUGAUUAAAGAAGGACACAUCCUCAAACUGUCCAACAAGAACGGGACAACGCAGGACAGAUACCUGAUACUGUUCAAUGACAGGUUGCUGUACUGCGUCCCCAAGCUGCGUCUGAUUGGUCAGAAGUACGGCGUCCGCGCUCGCAUCGACGUGGACGGGAUGGAGCUGAAGGAGACCAGCAGUGUUGCAGUCCCCAGGACGUUCCUGGUAUCUGGAAAACAGAGAUCCCUGGAGCUACAGGCCAGGACGGAAGAGGACAAGAAAGACUGGAUACAGGUAAACACUCACCACCUGUCGGUGAUUUAG